AUGGCUUCCUUCGCAUCCUCCCUCCAAGACCCCAGUCUCUUCGUCGACAAAUCCUACAUCAACGGCCAAUGGGUCUCCAGCAAAUCCGGCCAGACCUUCUCCGUCACCAACCCAGCCGACGAGUCAUCCCUGGGCUCUUGCCCCGAGUCCUCAGUUGAGGACAUCAACGAGGCCAUCCAGGCCGCCUCAGCCGCCUUCCCGGCCUGGCGCUCGCAGUCCGGCCGUCAGCGCGGCCGCAUCCUGCGCAAGAUCUUCGACCUGCUCGUCGCCAACAAGACGGACAUCGGUCGCAUCAUCACGGCCGAGAACGGCAAGGUCAAGGGUGACGCCGAGGGCGAGGUGCUCUUCGCGGCCAGUUUCUUCGAGUGGUUCGGCGAGGAGGCCGCCCGCAUCUACGGCGAUGUUAUCCCCCACAGUAACCCCACCAGCCGCAUCCAGGUCAUCAAGGAGCCCGUCGGCGUGUGUGGACUGAUUGUGCCCUGGAACUUCCCGUUGGCGAUGGGCGCGCGCAAGAUCGCAGCGGCCCUGGCGGCCGGUUGCACGGUCGUGCUCAAGUCGGAUGGCCUGACGCCGUACGCGUCGAAUGCGUUGGCCGUGCUGGCGGAGCGCGCGGGAUUGCCCAAGGGUGUUUUGAACGUGGUGACGGCGCUGAACAACACCCCGCAGGUGGGUCUGGCGCUGUGCGAGUCGGAGAUCGUCAAGAAGAUCUCGUUCACGGGGUCAACCCGCGUCGGCAAGCUGUUGAUGAAGCAGUCCAGCAGCACGCUCAAGAAGCUGAGUCUGGAGCUGGGUGGAAACGCACCCUUCAUUGUGUUCGACGACGCCGACGUCGAGGUCGCCGUCACUGCCGCCCUCGGCAGCAAAUUCAAGGUUACGGGCCAGACCUGUGUCUGCGCCAACCGCAUCUACGUCCAGGAAGGGAUCUACCAGCGCUUCAGCCAACGGCUCGUUGAGGAGGUGAGCAAGUACCGCGUCGGUGACUCGCUGAAGGAUGCUUCGGCCACUCACGGCCCCAUGACCAACGGCUGGGGCAAGACCGCCGAGCACAUCCAGGAUGCGGUCAGCAAGAAUGCCAAGGUGCUGCUGGGUGGUAACGCUCUGCCUGCGUUGGGCAAGAACUUCCACGAGCUGACGAUUCUGGGCGAUGUCGACGACUCCAUGCUGGUCACUGAGGAUGAGACCUUCGGCCCUCUGGCCGCGUUGAUCAAGUUCUCGACCGAGGAGGAGGUCAUCAAGCGGGCGAACAAGGUGGAGGUCGGAUUGGCCUCGUAUGUCAUGACCACCGACUUGGGCCGGUCCCACCGCGUGUCUGAAGGAUUGCAGACGGGUAUGGUGGCUUUGAACACGGGUGUCAUCUCGGACGCCCCUGCACCAUUCGGAGGUGUCAAGUACUCGGGCAUGGGCCGCGAGGGAAGCAAGUACGGCUUGGACGACUACCUAACCAUCAAGAUGAUUGUCACUGGUGGCAUCGUCACUUCCCACCUGUAG